UUUUGGGGAGGACGCCCCCCCCUUUUCAGGAAGGAAAGCGCCAAGCCCGAACUCCUGCCGUGGCCGGGCGGGGACUACAAGUCCCGGCAGGCGCGGACUGCAGCUCCCGGCGUGCCCGGGGCCGGCGGAGCGGAGCGAGGGCAGCGGAACGGGCCGCGCCGGGCCGGGCGGGCGCUGCUGCUGCCCUCCCUCGGCACGGGGCCGAGCCGGGCCGAGCCGAGCCCAGCCGGGCCGGACUGAGCCCAGCCCAGCCGAGGAGCCCGACCGGACCGUGCCGAGCGCAGCCGAGCCGAGCCGAGCCCAGCCGGGACGAGCGGAGCCGAGUGAGGCCGAACCGAGCCGAGGAGUCGAAUCGAGCGCAGCCGAACCGACCCGAGCGGGGCCGAACUGAGCUGAGCAGAGCCGAGGAGCCGAACCGAGCCGGGCCGAGAGUAGCCGAGUGAGCCCGAACAGACCCGAACAGACCCGAACCGAGCCGAGGGGCCGAACCGAGCCGGGCCGAGAGCAGCCGAGCGAGGCCGAGCGGAGCCGAACCACUUCGUUUCCUCGCCGUUCCCCACGGGGUGACCUCCGUGCCGGGCGGGCUCGUGGCCGCCAGCCCCGCGUGCCACCAUGGCGUCCCGCAUCGGGCUGCGGAUGGAGCUGAUGAAGCAGCAGGCGCAGCAGGAAGCGGAGCGGGAGCGGGUGCAGCAGCAGAUGAUGAUGAGCUACAUGCAGCAGCAGCGCAUGCCCGUGGCCUCCAGCCCCGCCAUCAACACCCCCGUCCACUUCCAGUCCCCGCCGCCCGUGCCCGGAGAGGUCCUCAAGGUGCAGUCCUACCUGGAGAACCCCACCACCUACCACCUGCAGAAGUCUCGGGACAAGAAGGUCCAGGCUUAUCUCUCCGAAACCUACGGGAACAAGUUCGCCGCCCACGUCAGCCCCGCCAGCCACUCUCCCAAGCCACCGCCGGCCGCGUCCCCCGGCGUCCGGCCCGGCCACGUCCUGUCCUCCUCGGCGGGCAACAGCGCUCCCAACAGCCCCAUGGCCAUGCUCAACAUCGGCUCCAACCCCGAGCGGGAGUUCGAUGAGGUCAUCGAUGACAUCAUACGCCUGGAUGAUGUUUUGGGCUACAUGAACCCCGAAGUCCACAUGCCCAACACGCUGCCCAUGUCCAGCAGUCACAUGAAUGUCUACAGUGGGGACCCGCAGGUGACGGCAUCACUCGUUGGUGUCACCAGCAGCUCCUGCCCCGCCGACCUCACCCAGAAGAGAGAACUCACAGAUGCCGAGAGCCGAGCCCUGGCCAAAGAGCGCCAGAAGAAAGACAAUCACAACCUGAUCGAGAGGCGGCGAAGGUUCAACAUCAACGACCGCAUCAAGGAGCUGGGAAUGCUGAUCCCCAAAGCCAACGACCUGGACGUGCGCUGGAACAAAGGGACAAUCCUGAAGGCGUCCGUGGACUACAUCAAGAGGAUGCAGAAGGACCUGCAGAGGUCCCGGGACCUGGAGAAUCACUCGCGGCGCCUGGAGAUGGCGAACAAGCAGCUGCUGCUCCGCAUCCAGGAGCUGGAGAUGCAGGCACGCGUCCACGGGCUGCCCACCUCCUCGCCCUCGGGCGUCAACGUGGCCGAGCUGGCUCAGCAGGUGGUCAAGCAAGAAGCCAGCGGGGACGAGGGGACCCUGGAGCCACUGCUGCCACCCCCGGACCCUGAAUCGCAGCCGCAGCCGGCGCUGCCCGCGCCGCCCCAGUCUCCCUAUCACCAGCUGGACUUUACCCACAGCCUGAGCUUCGAGGACGGCUCCCAGGGCUUCCCGGACAGCGCUUCCUUCCCAUCCCUGUCCAAGAAGGAGCUGGACUUGAUGCUGAUGCAGGACACGAUGCUGCCCCUGGCCGCUGACCCCUUGUUCUCGGCCAUGUCCCCGGAGGCCUCCAAGGCCAGCAGUCGCCGCAGCAGCUUCAGCAUGGAGGACGCGGACAUGCUGUGACGGGGAGCUGCCAGGCCAGGGGCUGCAGCGCCAGCUUUGGGUGGGCACGUCCCAGGACACUCCUGGCAGGAGGAGCCCGUCCCGCCAUGCACUUGAACCUCCCCAGGAGUACCUUUCUCUAUGCAACGGGGGCUCGGGUCGGGUGCCACCGUGUCUUUCGCAGCUUCUUUUUGCCAGCACCUUCCUGGCUUGGCCGCGGCGCUGGCCUGACUGCAGAUUCCACAGCCUGGGCGCGACGUCUCGGCUGCUUUGCCUUUCAGCAGAAGCCUCCUGGCCUCACCCCUUUGCCGGGGUGGUACCGCGGAGCCCCGAGCCCCCCGGGACGACGCUGCGAGCUUUGUGUCCUGUUUGGUGUCUCCUCCGGGAGCCUUCAUCCCCACCGAGUCUUCCCCAGCCCCUGGAUGCUUCCCAGUCCAUCCAGUUCCUCCUUCCUGGGAGCACCCGCUGCCUCCGGGGUCACAGGAGGGCGACAAGGUGUUAAUUAGCACGAGUUCAUUAACACGGCGCCGCCGGGGGUGUUGUCUGCAGGUGGGUGUUGAAGGUAUCCAGGACACCUGGAAUGGGGGGGGGUUGAUGCUCCACCAACCCCCUGUUGUCACCCCCACCUUGUGGGGCAGCACCCAGCACCCCAAAACCUCCGGGCAAGGCUGCCAGGUGACCUCUGAGUGUCCUCGAGAUGUCCCUGCAGUGUCUCUGCCCCGUGACACCCCCAGCUCUUUCCUGGGAGGAUAAAAGGGUUUUACACUCGUGUUUUUUGGGGAUACUUCUUCAAAGUCCUGCCCCGCGUGGGCGUGCAGCUCCAGGGAAUGGUUCGUGCCAGCUGCUCCCAGCUGGGAAUUCGGGGGUGGUUCCUCUUCCCAGUGCCACCAGUUUGUCCCGCAGCUCUGUGCUGGGGAGCUGCUCUGGGCUCUGCCUCAGGUCCUGACUUCCCAACCCAGCUGCAGGCUGGGAGGGAGCUGGGAAGGGCGGGAUGGAAAAUCCUCCGUGGGUUUAUUAAAGGGAGGCUGGAGAGGAGAGGUGACCCCUUGGUGAUUGUCCCCACCCCUCCCCGGGCUGGGGGGUCACUCUGAGCCCCCCCAUCCUGGAGCUGGGUGUGCUGGGGGGACAGAGGUGCCCCGUGGGGGCAGGAUUUGGGGUUGGAGGUGGGGGACAGCCCCACAGAGGGUCCUGUGGGACGUGAGGGUGCGGGGAAGUGCAGAAGGUGGGGAGGAAGAGGGAGGAGGAGUUGGAGCAGGGCAGGGAGCAGGAAGGGACCUGAGGGGACGCUGGGUGAGCAGAGAGGGGCUCCAGGUGCUCACCUGGGCAAGAGAAGGAUCCAGGAGACCUGAGAGCUUAAAGGGGCUCUGGGCUGGAGCUCUGGGGGUGUUCACAGGAGGCCUUGGCACCCUUUGUGUGCUGCCAUCAGUGCCUGGAAAGAGAAUUGUCCCCACCAGGGUCACCCCUGGCCGCGCUGGGGACCCGUGGGCGUGGGAGAGCCACGGAUCUGUGCCCUCCAGAGGGGCUGGGUGGGCGCUCCAGGGCAUGAAAUUUGGAUUAUUGUGGCUUUAGGGUGCCCGUGGGCAAGGCCUGGCCACUGCUCAGCACGAGAUGUCUCCCCUGGCUGUGAGUAAACAGUUGUGGAUUAUAAUUACUAUUUUUUUUUAAUCUUUUUGGGAGUUACGUUUGUUUUUUUCUUUUUUUUUUUUCUUUUUUUUUUUUUUUAAUGCACUGUGCUCUGAUUAAAAAAAAAUUUUACUACUGUUUUAUAAAUAAAUGUAUAAAAGAAUGAACUGGAAUGGAAGAAGAAUCAUUAAAAAUAUAUUUAUUUACAACA